AUGAAGAGUCUAUCUUUCUCCUUUCUUGUUACCUUGUUCCUCUAUCUCACCUUGUCCUCUGCUAGAACACUGGGCAAGGAUGUCAACAAGCGAGUCACUGCUGGUUCGCUGCAACAGGUGACCGGCUUUGGAGACAAUGCCUCUGGCACUCUGAUGUACAUCUAUGUCCCAAAGAACUUGGCUACCAACCCUGGAAUUGUCGUCGCGAUUCAUUACUGCACUGGCACCGCCCAGGCAUACUACACCGGAUCUCCAUAUGCACAGCUAGCAGAGCAAUAUGGCUUCAUUGUCAUCUACCCCCAAAGCCCCUACAGCGGGACCUGCUGGGAUGUCAGCUCUCAGGCCGCUCUGACACAUAACGGCGGUGGAGACAGCAACUCCAUCGCCAACAUGGUGACCUGGACCAUCAGUCAAUACAAUGCGAAUACCGCCAAGGUAUUCGUGACUGGAUCCAGCUCCGGCGCGAUGAUGACGAAUGUCAUGGCAGCCACCUAUCCCGAACUCUUCGCAGCGGCGACAGUCUACUCCGGCGUCGGUGCCGGCUGCUUCUACUCCUCCAGCAACCAAGUCGAUGCGUGGAACAGCAGCUGUGCCACGGGCAGCGUCAUCAGCACUCCGGCUGUCUGGGGCGGCAUCGCCAAAAACAUGUACUCCGGAUACUCUGGCUCACGACCUCGAAUGCAGAUCUACCACGGCAGUGCAGACACAACCCUCUACCCACAAAACUACUACGAGACCUGCAAGCAGUGGGCCGGUGUCUUCGGAUAUAAUUACGACUCUCCCCAGUCGACCCUCGCUAAUACACCGGACGCCAACUACCAAACCACCAACUGGGGCCCUAAUCUCCAGGGUAUCUACGCGACAGGAGUCGGUCAUACAGUCCCCAUUCAUGGAGCGAAGGAUAUGGAGUGGUUUGGAUUCUCGGGUAGUGGCUCGUCUUCUACCACCACUGCAUCGGCCACCAAGACCAGCACGACCAGCACGACUAGCACAAAGACAACGAGUUCGACUUCGAGUACCACAACUUCUUCCACUGGCGUGGCAGCGCAUUGGGGUCAAUGUGGAGGCUCUGGGUGGACUGGCCCCACUGUUUGUGAAGCUGGAUAUACCUGCACUUACUCCAAUGCUUGGUAUUCUCAGUGUCUGUAA